AUUACGCGUUCACCUUCGUUCGUUCGUUCGCUCGCUUGCAAGCAGAGGAAAGGCUUCUGCUUCUGUAGUGUUGUGCACAGUAUUCAUCACGACAUCGCUCUUUGUAUACGUCGUCGCCGUAGUCGUCGUCGUCGAUCGUUCGAUAAUAGAAGAGAAAAUUUCACAAUAGUCCGUGUGCUUGUUUUUACCCUUCUAGAACGGCGUCUAUUGUUUUACGGUGUGCAAGAGUCUCUGCGCUCUUUUGUGCGGUGUAUCGUUGUUCUGGGUGGCCGGAAAUGGCUGAAAGAGGGGAUUCCCUAGAGUGAUUGUGAGUGCAUUGAAAGUGUGUGAAGUGUUGUGCAAAUUGGCCCAAUGGCCAGUGUGUAACUGUUCGGCCUGACGACAGUGAUGAAAAGGCAGAUUGGGGAAAAAUAGCGGAGUAAAAUCGAUUUCCUAGCGCUGCGCUGCGUUGGCCAUCUAGGGGGAGGAGGAGGAGAAGGCGGUGAGAAGAAGUCGAAGAUUGGAGCUAGGGGGGGUGGCGGAGCUGCCUUUCAAAUUUUGCGUUUGGGAUCACACCGUCGAAGUCGAGGAGUCGUCGUCCUCGUCCGUCCGUGCUUGCUUCGAUCGGGACUGACAAGAUAUAGAUAAUACAACCAACCAUCCCAUGCAAGGCAACGUAAAAAGUCCCCAAAGGCUGAAGUUUGCGUGCGCGAGUGCCAGUGGAACCGAGGAACCGGAGAAGAACCAACCAAUGUCACAAAGGCCGUCGAAUUGAGGCCCCGAAAAAUAAAAAUGAAAAUGUUUGGCCAAUAAAACACUAGGCGGUGUAAGCCCAGGGCCCCUAAAGAAGAGCGGAAGAGCUAGAAGAGAGUGUUUCUGUGCAUGCCCUAGAUAAUAUAUUUUUGUGUCUGAGAAAAUUGUGGUAUUGUUAUGUUCACGAGCAUCGUUUUGUGACUGGCCAAUGCCAUUGCCCGCUGUUUAGAAGAAAGGAAAAGCGAGCCACAAUAGUGAGUAAAAACGCGAUACAAAAUAAACAUCAUAAAUCUCUUGUCGCAUGUUUGGUAACAGUGGUUUAAAUCGAAAAAAGAAGAAAAAGAAACGGUUGAACCAACCAACCCCGUAAACCCAAAAAAAAAGUAGUUCAGUGGAGUAAUCCCAGAGGUCUAUCUGAGCGGGAGAUGGCCCUUUCGACGGAUCCGUACGAGCAGAAGCUCUACAGUUUGUUCCAGGAGCACGAUGUCCACGCGCGGGGCAAGUUGGGCCGGGAAGCGCUACUGAAGCUGUGCAAGACGCUGGAACUGGCGAAACCGGCCGAACUGCUGAAACGACUGCUACGUGACGGCAGCACCGGGCAGGUUUCGUUCGGGGAAUUCCGGGAAGGUCUGCUGUUCAUACUGAGCGGCGAGGAGGAACCGGAGCAACCGGCGUCAGCUACGGCGGUGAAGCAUCAAGACUCGCUACGAGCCGUCGUGCCCGGUCAGAAAGAUUCCUCCGAAGACGGGCAGAAUAAUGUGUCAUCGGCAUCGCCUACAGUUGCAUCUCCGACGAGUGCAGUCUCCAACACCAGCACGGCGGUGGUCGGGUCAUCACAGCAAGCGACGACCCCGGGUAGCAGCAUAAUGUCCUCUAACACAUCUAAGCAGCCGCAAUUUACCUACCGCCGAGAGAACGACCCAUCGACAGUAGUAGGCGAGAUCGAUUCAGUCGUGAAGAUAAUCGACUGCAGCAGCCAUCGCAGUAGUCGUCUAGUGCCAUCGGGUGAGAGUGAAGAAGACGAUCUCGUACAGACAACGAUCGGUCCCGUAACGCCUACUACGACCCUGUACGACGAUAACGAGAAUGAGUCAUCCGACCGGGAAGUGUCGCCCAAGUUUGUAGUCGGAACGAAAAAGUACGGCCGUCGGUCACGUCCCCGCGAGGACUGCAACGGACUGGACACAUCCUCCGAUUUCAGCAACUCGGACAACGAAUCCGUCCCGCAACAGCAAACCGUAACACCUUGCUCAGCGCCAUCAGAUAACUCGGCCUCUAGUAAAAACUCCUCAUCGAAGGUGCAACGAUCCGCCUCGCAGAGCGACAUUCACGGCUCGAAGCGACGUCGGCCCAUGAGCGGAAGCAGGCUCAAGCGUUGCGCAUCGCUACCGACGCACCGACAGCGACCGGAUCUGGCCAAACUAAACGCGAAGAACGUGCGCGAUAAGCUCAACAUGGAUGAGAAAAUCGACAAAAAGAUCUACUUCAUGAAGCUUUCGGAAAACUUGCGAGACAUAUGGGACUCGCUGGUUGGAAGCGGUCACGGCGAUCUACUGAACCAGUCCCAGCUGGAGGUCGUUUGCGAGCGAGUGGGACUGCAGAAACUUCCGGCCAAACUGGCCGCCCGGGAAGUUUUUGCCAAGCUAUCGCUCCAAUCGAUCGAAGGCAUCAGCUAUGAUGAUUUCAUUGCACUGCUGCAAAGCGACUCGGAUAUUCUUGCCAUCGGUGGCGGUGGUGUUGGGGAGAAGGAACCGGUGGUGACUAGUGGUGCUGGCGACAGUGGUGUGCGGGUGCGAUUAUUCGACGAGAGUGACACCUUCAAGGUUCAGGAACUGGAUCGCGACAGCGUGGAAGAAACGGUUGGCUUCACCGUGCGAAUGCCAGCGGAGUGGACGACGGAGAUCGGUUCGCUCUCGACGGCCAUCAUCAUCGACAUGUGGGAGUCGGCCGGCAUCAGCGAGCCGCGAAGUUUGCUGCAGGAUCUCGGCUUCUACGGGGCGGAGGUGCAGGUAACGGAGCUAAUCGCCGCACUGGAGGACGAACAGCAACGGCUCGGCGAUGGCAACGAUACCUCCGUGGUUGUGCGGGCAUCGUUAGCACUUCACAAAGCCGAAGUCAGCGCCCUCCGACAAGCCUUCCUGCAGCUGAUGGAGGAAAACAAGAAACUCUACUCGGACAACAAGGAAGCCAACCAGCGGGCCCAGCUGCUGCUCCAGGAGGUGGACGAGCGGCACAACUCGUUGGAAAACGCCACCCGAAAUAAGAUCCGUCUGCUGGAGCAGCGCCAUCACGAAACGGUCAAAGAGCUAACGUCGCAGCUGGCGUUUGAGCGAGAGCAGCUGUCCUGUGCGAACGCUGCCUUGGAGAAGCGCAUCCAAGGGCUGGAGCAGGACGAAGGUAAGAUGAAGGCGGAGGUGAACAGACUGCUGGAGGAGAAUGAAGGCCUGCGGGCGGAGCAGGAGAACCUCACCAAGGAGCUGACGGAUAUUCUAGAGAAGAAUAUCAAGCUGAACAGGGAUAUCGCCGAGCUGGAGGAGAACAACAGGAAUGAUUUCGACGAUGAGUAUGCCGGGAAGAACGAUCUGGAGGUUUUGGAGCUGAUCGAGAAGAAUUCACUGCUGCAAGAUAAGAACAAGGAACUGAAGGAUAAGAACGAUGAGUUGAGCGUGGAGAUCGAAAUGUUGAAUGUGGAAUUGGCCAAGUUUAAGUUGAAGAGAAGUGGUGUAAGCAGGACAAACUCGUUGGAUGUGUCGCCUACUGUGUUGGUGGAAUCGAGUGGGUUGGGCGAAGAGAACACAAGAAAGCGUCAAGGGGAUUCCCCAAGCAAGGCAAGACUUUCCGAUGAAAGCCCACGGUUAGGGAAGUUUAGAAAGUGUAGUAACGAUGUGGAAAAUGAGUCCGAUUCAAGUGGGGAUUGGAUGGCGCUCCAUUCGGAGCUGGGACUGAAAGUGGACGGUGCAAUAGCUUCCUCAGGAAUUAGUGUUGAUAGUGGUAGCAAAGUGGAAGAGAUUCAGCAAUUGAAGGCGAAGAUUGCGGAACUUGAGAAGAGGUUAGAUGAUAAGAAAGGUGAAGAGGUUACUGAGGGUGAAAAAUGUGAAUCAGAUAACUUAUCUGAGGUUACUGGUGAAACGCAGUCGGAUCAGAUCAAACUGAAGGCUCGAUGCGAUGAGUUGGAAGCAAGUUUAGAACAGUUGGGCAAGGAAUACGAAGCAUGCGAAGACUACUGGCAGGCGAAGCUGAACGAAGAAAGACUGCUGUACGAAGAGGAACAGCGGGUAGCCGAUGAUAAAUUCAACGAACUUUUGAAAAAGAUGGCCGAGUACGAAGAACAGUUUGCCGGUCAAGCUGGCCAGAAGAACAGCGAGGAUGGUCGACUGUCGCCGAUCGAGGAGAAAGAUGUCCUGGAGCAGCAGUAUCUGGAUUUGGAAGUGGAGUUCCAACAGUCGCAAUCGAUGCUGCAAGACAAGACGCUCGAACUCGACAAGCUUAGGGGCAGGAUCCUGGAGCUGGAGCAACUCACCAAAUAUCCCUCGGAAGCGUUACUAGCUACGCCGCCGCGUGUGGAUACGCCGGAAAUGGAAAGCCCUGCAAGUACACCCAUGAUCCAUCUAUGGAAUCAAAGCACGAUCCAAGCUCCGGCUACCCGGGACUAUCAGAAUCCUAACUGGUGCCAGCCGCUGAAAGUGAGUAGCGUUCCGUUGGAAAUGAGUCGAGCCAGUGACGAUGGCAGUGCGGCCAGCAGUAAACUAAACACAUCGCUAUCGUCACUGCCUUCCAAGGUGGCCCAGGAACUGCGGGUUGAUGAUGCCGACGAUACCGGAUUCGACCGCACGAUAUCUCCCAUUCAGAAACCGAUUUCGAAAGGAAUGAUGGCCACAUCCACACCUUGUGUCGCCACAGCGGAGAGCCAUGAACUGGUGGACUGUUCCGAUGUGUGUUCGGUGAAAUCGGCCCGAAGUACCCACAGUUUGGCCUCGACACAUAGCAUUCACAAAUCCGUUUCGCAAACGGACGUAGCCUCGAUCAACCAGGAGCAGUUGAAACUGCUCGAGCUGCAGGACGAGAUAAAAGAGCUGACCCACCAGCGGGACUGUCUCAAGAUGGAGUUUCAGCAGUUGAACGAAGUGAAGCCGAUUUUGGCGCGCUCCCUCGGCAAUAACAAACCGGCCAACUCGAACCUGACCCAAAAGGUUCAGCACCUGGAGCAGAAAAAUCGGCAGCUGCAGGCAAUGCUGAAGCAACAGCAGAACCAGUCCGAGCAGAUUUUGGAACGAAUCUGGAUGCAACAUCGCAGCGAAAACGCCGAGCUGCGGAACCAGCUGGACACCCAGAACAUGAUAAUCGCCGACCAAGCAAACCGCCUGGCCAACAACGACCAACUGGUGCGGGAACUGUACGUGGAAAAUGGUCGCCUAAUUUCGCAGGUCCAACGCCUGGAACAGCAAAAGGCCCGAGCAACCAUGCUCCAACAGUUGCAGCAGGCCGGGUCCGCUGCCACGACUGGCCACUGCCAGCUGAGCGGAAUAGUGCCUGGGUUGCCCUAGCGGCGCCGGCAGCAGUUGCCCAUCAUCGGCGUAGGGCGAGAGUGUUUUAAUGUGUCAUAAUCAAUAGAAUUGCGUUUUUGUGUGAAGGUCAUCUCUUUUGGCAUUUUGAACCACUGUGCAAAUGGGAUGCUUUCGUUUUUUUUUUCUGGUAUUUUUUACUAACGAGCGUGAACCAUAUUUACCUGUUGAUCCGGAGAAGGAUAUUAUUUUGUCGUUGUCGCCGUCUGAGAAUGCAACACUACGCACCAAAACCAAAUCCAGAUCAGAGAGAUGGAGAAUUCUAGUUUGAUUGAUCAGGAUUAUUAGAGAUUAUUUAACAAGAUGAGACGGAUCGUUUUCAAGACUGAAACGAGUCUGGUCCGAAUUGUACAACAAUUCAAAAACCCCGUAUUGUAAUAAUAUAUUCGCAAAUAUUUAUUUUACCUGAUUAGAUAGAACCAAUUCCAGCAGCUCCCCGCCUUCCCGGUAAAGGACGGAAGACCGGGGAAUAUCAGUUUACACUAGAAACAAAUCUAAAUGCCAAGAAAUACCUAGUAGCGUGUAGGUCUAGAAGAGUAAACACUCGUCACAUUUAUACUCGAUUUCUUAUAAAUCUGAUCGUAGGCUUGGUCGUCUUGAACACACCUAGUGCAGCACUUUCCUGUUCUUGCACAACUACCUAAUAGACCUUUCGAAGCUAAUAAAGUACUUUCCCAAAGGCAUUUUCUACUUUCUUCUUUCAGAACAAACCAUUUUUUGCCUUUCUGUACCGCAAGCGUGUAACAUCGACUGAAACUAUUUUCUAUUAGUCUGAAAAUAGAAUCGAACAAAAGACAUUUGUUUCUUUAUUUUUUAAACCACGUAUUGUUAUGUGAUGGUUGAUAUUUUUUACACUAUUACGCAACAGUCACAUUACGAAUCGGAACGCUUUUCGAUGUAGAAAUACAUGAUCGAUAUUAAACAAAAAGACGGAGUUGCAAGAUAUCACUUUUAGAUAUUAGGAUAUAUCGAUGUUGUUAGAUGUGAAUGUAGAAACUUAAGCAUUAGAAAAACUAAACACUGGCCUUAACUGUGAAACACGUAAACUACUACUACUACAACCUUCCUUACACCAUUGUUUUACCCGUUCCUUCUACUGAACUACUUCGAGCUUGAUUAGUUCCUAACACUUUGUCUUUAAAGAGUAACUCACUAGUAACACAGAGCAGUCUCGAGCCUAAACCGCGGAAUGAAUCCUACGAAGAAAAUAACGCGCACGCACCACACAGAGCAAUUAAGAGACGCGAAUCGUAAUACGAUUAUUUACACAAAACAGAUCGUGGAAUAGCAGCAUGCUGGAUAGAUCAGAUACACACAUACACAGGCCGACCAGGAUCAGAGAAAAAGACUAAACAUUUUGCGUUGUUUCACAGUUUGAACGUUUCAACAGAAACGACACACUCCUCGAGCGAAGCAAAGACGGGUGGAAAAUCGCGUGUAAAAUAAGAAGGUUGGUAAAGGAUAUGGAAUUCAGUUUCCGUUCCGUUGUAAAUUAGCAGUCAUCUAAGAAGGAAAUAUGUCAUCUAAUAAAAUAUUGCCUUUAAAUGAUCUGAAAA